AUGCUCCCUCACAAUCUUGGCUUCUCGGGCCGUCUUCCGGUUCUCGACUGCAAUGACAAGCCCAGAGAAGCUCGAAAAGUAUCAGAUGGGGAGACGUGUUGGGGACUAAAUCAAUGUGGUAAAAGGGGAGCUGAUUGUCUGAUUGAAGAAUUGGAUAGCGCAUUUAUUAAGAAAGUAAAGGAGAAUGAAGUAGAUCGUGAAUCAUACCAUAAGGAUGAUACUCACUUCGAAGGGAUUAUGGGUCGUCUGAUGGUCGAUGGAGUUUGGAAAAAAGUUAGGGAGGAAGAGCUGCUUGCUAUUGCAUCAACUAUAAGAUUAUUAGUUUAG